UUUUAAAUUCGUCAUUGAGAAAACAGAUCAGAAAGAAAACCGAAUUUUAUUCCGGUUUGAUUUGAAAUUGUUUCAAUUUGGUUUGGUAUAAUUUGGAGUUAGGAAUUUGUGGGUUUGGCAGUUACACGCGUAGGCUAGUGGAAAAGCCCACCACACAUAACACACACACAUCUUCUUCCUCUCUUUAUCUUCUUCUUCUCUGUUUCUCUAAGAAGAUAGAACAAUCCCAAGAUUCUCCUCUUAUUUGAUCAACCAUGUCGAAUGUCUUGCUAUCCCCAAACGGCUACGUAUUUGCAUCGCCUAAACCUCUUGGCAGAUUCAUCAAUUCAAAGUCCGGCGGACGGAAACUUUUCUUCUCCGUCGUUAGAGCUUCUUCCGAUGAUGCUGAUUGUAAUGCCGAAGAAUGUGCUCCCGAGAAGGAGGUAGGAACAGUGAGUAUGGAAUGGUUAGCUGGAGAGAAGACGAAAGUGGUGGGAACAUUUCCUCCUCGGAAGCCGCGUGGUUGGACUGGCUAUGUUGAGAAAGAUACUGCUGGUCAGACUAAUGUUUACUCCAUUGAGCCUGCAGUAUAUGUUGCAGAGAGCGCGAUUAGCUCAGGUACUGCAGGAUCAUCGGCUGAUGGGGCUGAGAACACAGCAGCAAUCGUAGCAGGCAUUGCUCUUAUCGCAGUCGCUGCAGCUUCCUCUAUACUCCUCCAAGUCGGGAAAGAUGCCCCAACUCGACCCAAAGCAGUGGAUUACAGUGGACCGUCUCUUAGCUACUACAUCAACAAGUUCAAGCCUUCUGAAAUUGUUCAACCUUCUACCCCCUCCGUCACAGAAGCCCCACCGGUGGCCGAGCUAGAAACUUCACUGCCAGAAACUCCAUCGGUGGCUCAGCAAGAAACCUCACUGCCGGAAACUAUGGCUAGUGAGGCUCAGCCAGAGGCGUCUUCUGUUCCAACAACAAGUAGUACCUCUUAGGGGCUUAGCCUAGGAUUAUAUCUUUGUGUAAAAAUGAGAUGAAGCAUAUACCAAGAUUAUGCAUUCUGUUAAUAUUCGGAUAUACCUAUAUGUAUGUAUACACUCUGUCACUCUUCUCUUUGAGUGAAUGAUUAUAUCAAAUCUCAAAUCCUAUUAUUUUUGCUUUUA